UCCCCCGCCCGCGUGGUCGCCGCCACCGCAGCCGCCAGAGAGGAGCUGGGGGAGGACGGUGGCCCGCGAGGCUCGUCGCAGACAACGCGGCGGCGAUGUCCGCGAGCCAGGCGAGUGCCGCGGCGGCAGCGGCGGGGCCUCGCACGCGGCAGGGCGGCCUGGGCUUCGGCCUCCCUCCGGUUCCCAGGAAGCGAGCUGGCGGCCAGCGCGGGACCAGCAGCAGCAGCAGAGGCGGAGGCACCGGCGCGUCUCUCUCCUCCCCUUCAGCCUGAGCUGGGGGAGGCCAGGCGGCCCGGGUGGCUGGAGGGGGGGUCCGCUGCCCAAGAAUGGGAAUUCUCUUCACCAGGAUAUGGAGACUGUUCAAUCACCAGGAGCACAAAGUUAUCAUUGUUGGGCUGGAUAAUGCAGGGAAAACUACGAUCCUUUACCAGUUUUCUAUGAAUGAAGUUGUACAUACAUCACCUACAAUUGGAAGUAAUGUAGAAGAAAUAGUGAUUAAUAAUACACGUUUCUUAAUGUGGGAUAUUGGUGGUCAAGAAUCUCUUCGUUCUUCCUGGAACACUUACUAUACUAACACAGAGUUUGUAAUUGUUGUUGUGGACAGUACAGACAGAGAAAGAAUUUCUGUAACUAGAGAAGAACUCUAUAAAAUGUUAGCCCAUGAGGACCUAAGAAAAGCUGGAUUGCUGAUUUUUGCUAAUAAGCAAGAUGUUAAAGAAUGCAUGACUGUAGCAGAAAUCUCCCAGUUUUUGAAAUUAACUUCUAUUAAAGAUCACCAGUGGCAUAUCCAAGCAUGCUGUGCUCUUACUGGCGAGGGAUUAUGCCAAGGACUUGAAUGGAUGAUGUCACGACUUAAGAUUAGAUGAUCUCUACUGACCUCUUCUCAUAGACUUUGUAUAAACGAAGUGCUGGACUUUAUCUGAAAGCUGCAAAAAUUCAUGGUUUAGAUAUAUUUAUAAUAAACUGAUUUAAACUUUUUCUAUAAGAAGAAUAAUUAAGACCACUUAUUUGAGAACAAAGAUGAAGUCUCAUUUUCCAAUCUGCUUUCUCAUUAGUCCCUUCCAAAGCAAGGUCUUUAAAGCUGUGAUUGCCAUUUUUCUCAUAAUGAAUCCUCUCAGGACAUUGUGUAGCCUGUGGUAAGUACAAAGGGAGAAGGAGACAUUUUUAACUUUAAGAGCUUUAUUGUCAGUAUAAGCCUCCCUAGUUGAAUGUUGUUCUCUUCUUGUUCCAUUAAGUCAGAAUACAAAUCAGCACAGAUAUUCAGUUUCCAAUAUUUUAAAAUGUAAGGUUACUUAUGAAAAGUAUUUUGCAUAAGGUUGUGUAUCUAUUGUGUAUAUACCUCAAGUUCAAGUUUAUGGCUUUGAUUUAUGUUCUAAAGAAAAGCAAAUAACACAAAAGGUAAUACUAUCCUUAGUUAUAACCGUAAUGAGAUGAGUACUGGCAGUGGUGUUAAGUGCCAUUUUGUGCUUUCCCUUGUGUUCUCUGUAUUGUACUAACCAACCCCCAAAAUCAUUGAACUGCUCUGAAAAAAAAAGAAAGAACGAACGAAAAAGAAAGAAAAGGAGAAAGCUCGACACUUUGUACCUAUUUUUUUGUUGUUCAAAUUACAUACAUGAAAAUAUGUAAUCUGAAUGGAGUACCUGCAAAUUUUUGGCUUAGUGUUACGAAUGGACAGAAUUUCACAUUGAGCAAUCCUUGUUCCCUUUGUUGGAUCUAUGCCAUCUGAAUUACUGAGAAAAAUGUUAAUCCAUUAAUCAGUCAAUCAUUAAUUAUUAAAAUUAUCAAGUGAUUUUUUCCCGCAUUAAUUGGAAGCUAUUGUGUAAAAUAUGCCUACCCAGAGAAGUAUCAUCCUAUAAAUAUUAUAAAAUAAUUUACCUAGAGUCUUCUUAGGUAUUGAAUUAUACAAGCAUUUAGAGUGAGUUUGAGAUGAAAAGUACUUAUUUUCUAAGCAACAAAGGUUAUUUCUUAAUUUGAAAAUUUCUUAUUUCUGGAGUUGGGAUAGUUUGAGAUUUUUUUGUUUCUACACUUUUUUCUUUUUCACUUCUUACUAACGUGAAUGCAUCGACAGCUAUAAAACAAUUUUUUUAAUGCUUUUAAGAGUUUGGUUUAAAAAGUCGAUCAACACAUGAUAAAUUAUUUUUACAAAGAAGUAACUUGGCCCCAAAUAUCUUAUGUUUGGUUAGGGUAUUUUGUUUUUCACUGAAAAUGGAAAGAUAUGAAGGUUGAAGGUAUUUUUAUUGUAAUUGUAAACAGACUUAUCCUAAAUGUGUUCACACAUAUUUUUGGGUACUCUCUUUGUAUUCAUGCCCUGAAAAUCUGAAGGCUGAUCCAAAGUGGCAUGUUUUAGAAUAUUCAAGAAGAGAAGUAACUACCUUUAAUAUGAGCCUUUUGGAUUUCACGCAGAUUUUGAUGAGGAGUAAUAGUAUAUACUACAAGCAUUGACAAAACUUUGAGUUUCUUUCUGUAAAAUAUAAUAUACUCAGUAGCUAAAUCCAAGUCAGGCAUGGGAGAUCAGUGUUUAACAGUGGAUGUUUUGUGUUUUAUAUUUAUAUUAUAAUGUUCAUAAUGCAAGUAUAACAUUUUAAUAUUUGUCAACUUGCUUUUACAAAAGUAAAUUCUAAAUUACUAAGCUUUAUUUGUUCAUAUGUUCUCAUACUUUUCAAAUCACUAUUAGGAAUCACUUGUUUUAUAUUAAAAACUCCCUUAAAAACCCAAGUCCAUUUUGCAGAUGUUGCAUUUUCAUCUGAGAUAUUCUGUAAAGUAGUCCAGCAAAUCUACAUCUUUUACCCUAUUUAUCUUUUAAUUUGAAUUUUCAUGGGUUAGUCUUGUGGGUUGCUGCCAUGUGAAUUCAGCAGUAUACCAGCACAUUCCCUUGUUGACAAGCUGUUGGCUAAAAUUUAUUCUUAAUUGGAUGUUUAAAGCAUGCACUGCAUUGUUACAGUUGGUUUAGUGUAGUAGAUUAUUGACAUGGCAUCAUGGGAAUGCAUGAAGUCUUAUACCACAUUUAUGAAACAUUAUUUUUUGUGACAUUCUACCUUUCUAGGCCAAGCAUUAGAAAUAAGGUUGUACCUGUAUGCUUGUACAUAAAACCAAAAUUACAAUGAGGAAAAAAUUUUAAUUCAUGUAUAAAUAAUUUUAACAGUAUUCUUUCCAAAUAUGAUGACGAGCCUUAUGAAUAGUUAUAUUGGCAAUUUAUAUGUAGUUUAAGUAGAAUUAAGUGAAGGGCAAUGCUUUUGGUUUUUAAUAUGCUACUUUUGGGGGUAAACAAUCAUCUUAUUUAGAGUCAUUGUGCUUACCUCUGAAAAGAACAAAGCCUCAUACCCCUGUACAUGUGGCUGGAUUAAAUAUCCCGUGUUUGAUAUUAAUUUUGAAAGUCAUACAGUUAUUCUUGAUAUCUUGGUAAAAGUAACCAUAUGCUAUAAGCAUUUAAAUGUGUUUAAUUUUGUGAUAAUAGCAUUUAUAAAGUAUAUCUUACACAUUAUAUUGAGGAGUCUCGUUUGAAAAUUUUCAGUUCUUUCUAACUUCUUUGGCUCUCAUGAUGGGCAAAGAAUAUAGUGAAGGCAGGUGGUUUGGGGGACAGGGGGAAGUGGGUAUGGAAUAUGACAUUUUGCCUUAAGAAUAAAGUGCUUUAGCACUGCUGGAUGGCAUUUUUAAUGCAGAUAGAUAAAGUGAUUUUAGAAGUGUGGCAUGAGAUGGAAGAGUGUUGUUUCUGGCCUUUACGAAGUGCCUAGUAGGUAGUUAACAGAAAAUACAGGGAGCUUGAGGAAAGGCAGGAAGUCCCUGAGAUGUUCUUUUCUUUAUUGUCUGAGUGUAUAGAAUUAAGAUGCCUGGAAAUGGGAUUUUAUUGUCCUCUCUCAUAGGCACUUUACAUUUCUUGCUGUGACUACAGCAACCACAUACAGUACAGACAACCUCAAAAUCUGUUUAUUUUAAUGUAAAUAGAAAACCUAUAGACAGCUUUCUAGUUUUCUCUGCAGGCAUUUUUGGGAAUAUAUCUGUAAUGUGUUCUAUUUGUAUAUAGAGGAUAGCAGCACAUCCCAGAUUAUCCUGUGGACUUUGGGGUCAUCUUCUCUCAAUUGCCCAGUUAUAUCUUGGCAUCAGUCCCUCUUUCAAGGCUGGGUAGAGGCAAGGUUUCUUUGCAUGACUUAGUAACCCCUCCCAGAUGUCCAAAUGUACUCUAAAACUUCCUGCUUCAGGAUCAGCUUUCUCAUAGCUCAGCCAUCCCUUGCUCUCCUGUAUCUUCAUUCACAAUCAGUGAAGGUAUGUUACUCAGUCUUGGAGGUAUUCUAAACUUUGCCUUACAGCCAUUGUUCCCCAAACCACCAGUUUCUAAGUAGGUUCUCUAGUUCUUGGCUGUGUCCCCACUACUGGGUUUAUGUAUUGAUUUGUACUUUGCUCAUUAAGAGUGUAUUGUCAGGGUUGUGGGGUAUAUUAGAAGAUUGGCUUGCUGUAUAUACAGCAAAUAAAAGCCAGUAGUAAAAUCCUUCAUACUGUAUUUAACAUUUUAAUGUUCCUUAAUUUUAGCUUCAUAUGCUGAAAAGCAGAUUCAGAAAGAUAACAGAACUACCUAGACUUUGCCAGCUCCUUAAGCUGCUAGUUACGCAUGGAAGGGAUUACAUUAUGUGCAUGUUAUCUUCCCAUUACCAAAAAUCGAUUACAUUUUGGAGGAUACCCAUAAAACUAUUUGAGUUAGAAAAAGAUGCCAAACCAUAUAUAUAUGUAGUAUUUAACCUGAAGGUCUCCUUAAAACCAUAGCUCACAUUCUGUUUUUUUCCUCAUGUUUACUUAAAGAACACAGAUAAACAUUAGAUGUCUAAAAGAAUUAGUAAUGAGAAGCCUAUCUUUACAAAAUAAACCUGUUGAAAUGGACUUUAGAAGACAUCAAAAUCAUCAACCAUAAUAUGUUGAUUCUGUAUAGAUAUAGACACAGUAUAGAAAAUACUAAUUUAAAGUUCUACCUAUAUAAAAGUAGAACUUGUAUUAUCAUGCUUCCUCAAAGAAUAUAUGAGUUUUAAGACCAUAUCGGUGAAGUAAAGGAAGGAGAGUUUUAAAACUUUUGAUGCUAAAAAAUGGCUGUUUCUAUUAAAUCCUAAAAUGGUGUGUGGAAUUGUGAAGAAAUUAUAACAGGAUACAGUUGGGUUGCUUAUGCAAUUUUUUAAAUCAAUUGUCUAAUUGUUGUUGUAUUGUUCUAAAAAUUAAAGUUUAUGGUCUUGCCUAUUAGAUAUCCUGUUUUUUGAAAGAAGAUGCCCAUAGUCUGUACCCAAGAAGUGCCUAAAAUUGAUUUGUGUGGGUUUUUAAGUCUGUCUAAUAAAUUAUAUGUGUUUUCUAUGAUA